UGAUUGUCUGUGAUAGGCAUGGCAUAAUUCACCCUUCCCACCGGAUCCAUUUGGUUCCUCCUCCUCAGGAAGUGGAGACGCCAGAGACAAGGACUGCCUUCAGCUGCUGCCUUUCUGACGGUGCCUGCAAUCGCUCUGCGAUGCCCUGUUCAUUUCUAGCGAGGAGCUGCAGGCAGUAGCGAGAGACCACGCAGGGGAAGGAUGCAUUUAAAGCAGGAUGUGUGCUGGAUGCUGGGAGACACGGCAGCGAUAGCAGCAGCAGCAGCGAGCACGGAGGGCCUGGGAAGCGCCCACCCCCUCUCUCUCCUCCUUUUCCUCCCCCCCUGCAGGACCAUGCUUGCGUGAGGGAUGAGGCUGUGCACAGGGACGCCAGGCCAGAGCUGCGGCCUACUUCUUCUCACAAGAGCCGGGCUCUCGACUGCAAGAUCUGUGAACGCUUUGCCACCAUCAAAUCAGCAUCUUUGGUCACCAGGUAGAUCCAGGAGCAUGAGCAGGACUCUGAGCUGCGGGAGCAGAUGUCUGGGUAUAAGCGCAUGCGGCGGCAGCACCAGAAGCAGCUGAUCGCCCUGGAGAACAGGCUGAAGGCGGAGAUGGACGAGCAUAGGCUCCGGUUGCAGAAGGAAGUAGAGACCCACGCCAACAACACUUACAUUGAACUGGAGAGACUGGCUAAACGGCACACCGUUCACACAGACAAAGAGAUAAAGGCAGCUACAGCAGAGGAGAAGAGGAUCCAGCAACAGAUCAUUGCCCAGCAAAAGAAGGAGCUGACCACCUUCGUAGACAACCAGAAAAAAGAGUACAGGCUCUGUAAAGACAAGAUCAAAGAGGAGAUGAAUGAGGAGCCCAGUACGCCCAAGGAGGAGAAGCAGGAGCGUCUUUCCAGGCACAAGGAGACGGUGCAGCGCUCACAGGCUGAGGAUGAGGCCCACCUUCUGGACCAGCAGAGGCUGGUCUAUGACAGGAGCUGCCGUGCUCUGAAACGCAGGACACUGGUCAAGAGGCACGAGUUCGAACAGGAGCAAAUGAGAGAGGAGCUGAAUAAGAAGAAGACCCAGAAGGAGAUGGAGCAGGCCCUGAUGAUCCGACAGGACGAGUCCACUCAGGAGCUGGAGCGCAGGCAGCUGCAGACACUGCAGAGGCUCCGUGUUGAGCUGAUCUUCCUGCAGCACCAGACCGAGUUGGAGAACCAGGAGGAGUACAACGGCCGGCGGCAGAGAGAGCUGCACAGGAAGCAUGCCCUGGAGCAGCGGCAGCAGCCCCGGAACCUCAAGAUGUUGGAGAUGCAGAUCAAGAAACAGUUCCAGGACACGUGUAAGGUGCAGAAUAAGCAGUACAAAGCCCUGAGGAACCAUCAACUUGAGGUCUCUCCUAAGAGCGAGCACAAGGCCAUCCUAAAGUCACUGAAGGAGGAGCAGACACACAAGCUCGCUGUGCUGGCCGAGCAGUACGAGCAGAGCAUCAACGAGAUGAUGGCCUCACAAGCGAUGCGUCUGGAGGAGGAGCAGGAAAGGGAGUGCCAGGCGUUGAAGCAGCAGCUGCAGCAGGAGAUGGAGCUCCUGGAUGCCUACCAGAGCAAGACCAAGGCCCAGACAGAAGCCCAACAUGAGAGGGAGCUGCAGAUGCUGGAGCAGAAGGUCUCCUUACGCAGGGCCCACCUGGAACAGAAGAUUGAAGAGGAGCUGGCCUCACUUCAGAAGGAACGCACUGAAAGGAUCAAGCAGCUUUUUGAACGGCAGGAGAGGGAGAUGGACGCUUUCGAUGCAGAGAGCGCUAGGCUGGGGUUUGGGAGCUUAGGAUCGCUGGACUUCCCCAAGGAGGACGACAGAUGAAAAUGGAUGUGGUUGUGGAGGACUAGACUCUUUCCUUCUGGUGUAUGGUGUAGGCAUGUGCUUGCAUUCUCACGGUCAACUUCACCAUGGCCAUCUCUGCAGUGAUAACACUGGAUAACCCUCUUUCUCUCUUCCUCUCUGGAGUCUUUUAGAUACCACAUCACAGCAUAGAGCGGUCAUUUGCCAUGGGAACUACUUUUGUUAAACUUUGGAAAAAGGGGAAAAUUAAACAAGAUGAAUUCACAACACAAGUUCAACCAAGUGUGUGUAACUCAAAAGUCUUGCGUUGGAGAUUACAAGAAUAGAAUACUUAUAACAAAACAAAAAAAAGAACUGACUCUUUCCUCCAUGCCACCAUCCUCCUUUUGGUAUGAAUUCAGGAAAUUCAGGAAAUUUUAGUAAAAAUUAGCACUUUGAUAUGUUUAGGUAUUAACCCAUCAUGUUCAUAUGAUGCUUAAUGCGUAUGUCACAUGGAGGGGCAUUGCAAUUGUGGAAUGUGAGCUGCGGACUACACCGUGGUGUUAAGUUGCUUCUUCUUUAUUUUUUUCUCUCACAGAAUGUGAAUAAUACUUUAUGUGAAAACUGUAAGCUAAAAGAAGGUAUUGGGACAGUGUCAGAUCUUAUAUGUAAAACAGUUUUAAAGAGAGAUUUUACUUCAUUCCAUAUUGUGCUAAAGCAUAUGGUCCUUCACUUUUUAAACAACUCCGGUACUUUAUUUUUUGUUGUUCAGUAUUUAGGAUUUAUUGGCAUCAGUUUGAUCAAGCUGUGUAUUUUAUCAGAAUGAUUCAACUCUGUCAAACUGGUUAUUAUUGCAUGCACUUUAAAGACACAUUCAGGUUGUGAAGUGAUGCAUGACUCUGUCCAGAGAUUUUAGCCGUUUGUAAAUAAAAGUGGUCAUUGCAUUUUUUGUUUUAA